GUCAGGGUCCUCCGGGCCGUGCUGCUGGGGCUCGCUCACACCGCUGGCCUGCUGCCUUACAUGGGCAAACUUCUGAACUGACUGAGGCGGCUGGAAUUUCACAGCGUGACGUCACUGCCUACAACUCUCCCAGAAUUUGGAUCAAGAAGUUUCACUUUUUUUGGUGGGAUUUCAACCUCUGUUUUAUUUCCUAGAAAGCGAGAUUUCCUCACAGAGUAAAGGGCAUCGCUUCAACAGCCUUCCAGAAAUCCUGCACGCCCUGAGAGGAGCAAAGGUGUCUGAUCCUGACGUCCCCGCCACCACGUAGUGUUAAAAUUCAGAACCAUGUGGAACCCAGCGAACAGUAACGACCAGACGGGACAAGUGGCUGCCAGGAUGGAGACCACUCCGUCUUUGGGUAGUGCAAGCAUCUCCAUAUCCCAGCAGCAGGCGCCCAAGAAAUUUGCCCCGAUGGUUGCACCCAAGCCCAAGUUCAACCCUUACAAACAGAUGGGAGAUCCCACCCACAGCGACACUGCAGACUACCCUCCCCCUCCACCACCUGCGGAAGAUUCAACCGGUUUCCCACCGUCCUCUGGCUCCUUCCCUCCUCCACCGAUGAACUCGUACGAUUACCAGGCGAAAGGACCAGAGAAGACCCUGGAGGAGAGGCGCUCCAGUCUGGAUGCUGAGAUCGACUCCCUCACCAGCAUCCUGGCAGACCUGGAGAGCAGCUCGCCCUACAAGCCGCGGAGCACACAGAACUCUGGAUCCUCGGCGGCCUCCACCCCCAACGCUCCAGUGACUGGCUACAAGCGUAUGGUCAUUCCAACCCAGCCACCUCUGACUGCUACCAAGAAGUCUACGCCCAAACCUCAGGCUCCUGGGGGAACUUUGUCUAUGCCCCCUUCCUCUGUCAGCCCUGUGACCAAGCCUCAAAGCCACACAGCUCCUCAGCCUGUCCCAGCUUCCUACGCCACAGCCUCGACCCCAAGUCAGCCCACCUUCAAUGUCCAGGUGAGGUCAGCCCAGCCUGGCCCCCAGCAUCAAGCCCCAGGUGGGCCCCAUUUCGGCCAGCAGCCCAUUCGCAGCCCUGCACAAGUGCAGUACAUGCCUGCCCAACCCAAAGGUCCCGACUUCGCCUAUGGACCACCACAGCCUGGCUUCUCCCCAAUGUCUCAGGGUGCUUAUCAAGAACAGCACCAUCCAGGAGUACCCCAAGGUGGUUUAAGCUCCAGGAGACCUGAGUUGGCCCCCACCCAAGCAUACCAACCUCCAGGCCCCAAGAAGACCUACAUCACAGAUGUACCACCAAGCUUGGCUUCCUACGCCUCUGGACCAGCUGUUCCACCAAAGGGCAGCGCUCCCGUCGCCCACCCUGAAGACGAGCUGGAGCGCCUGACCAAGAAGAUGCUGUUUGACAUGGACAACCCGCCGUCUGAGGAAUACUUCGGGCGCUGUGCCAGCUGUGGAGAGAACGUAGUGGGUGAAGGCACCGGCUGCACUGCCAUGGACCAGGUCUUCCAUGUCGACUGCUUCGUCUGCAUGACCUGCAGCACCAAGCUGCGUGGCAAGCCUUUCUUCGCCGUGGAGAAGAAGGCGUACUGUGAGCCUUGCUAUAUUAACACCCUUGAGACCUGCACCAUCUGCAGUAAGCCCAUCAUGGAGCGCAUCCUGCGGGCCACGGGGAAAGCCUACCACCCUCACUGCUUCACCUGCGUGGUGUGCCACCGCAGCCUGGACGGCAUCCCUUUCACCGUGGACGCCUCCAACCACAUCCACUGCAUCGAGGACUUCCACAAGAAGUUCGCUCCACGCUGUUGUGUGUGCUCUGAGCCGAUAAUGCCAGCACCGGGCCAGGAGGAGACCGUCCGUAUUGUGGCCCUGGACCGCGACUUCCACGUGCAGUGUUACCGCUGUGAGGACUGUGGCUCUCUGCUCUCAGAGGGGGAUAACCAGGGCUGCUACCCUCUGGACGGACAUGUCCUCUGCAAAAACUGUAACACCAGCCGCAUCCAGGCCCUCACCGCCAAGGCCACCACUGACCUCUGAGCAGCCCGCCGCCCGGUCACCUCCACUGUGAUAACCCAUCGCUCGCUCUUUCCCUCGCAAACAUACCGAUCCACACAAGCUUGCAUUCCUCAGCAUAUACAGAACAUAUAUAUCCCUCUCUAUAUAUAUUCACUCUCAGUAACAAGAAUCACGUGUUCACCUGCAAACAUGACUCGGUACAAUCACAGCAGAGGAGGCUGUGUUCUGUUCAGCAGUUCAACAUUUUGGGGAAUAUGCUGAUGCACUUUCUUCCUGAGAGUAAGAUGAGAAGAUCGAUGCCUUUUUUUUACAUUUGGAUGCUGAAUAUGAAGUUGCAAUCUGCAGGUGAAUAGCGUAGCUUAAUAAUACCUGGAAACAGAUGCUCAAAAAACACUGAACUGUAGUUCAUUCAUCACCAGGAUGUAGCCGCCGCGUAGCCCGCCAUGAAGCCGCGACUGUUUCUGUUCGAAUUAAAAAGACAAGAUAUAACAUCUAGCUUAGUGAGCCUUAGCUGCUAGCUGUUUCCCUCUGUUUGCAGUCUUUAUGCUAAGCUAAGCUUAAGAUGUAGCCUUCUAUUGACCGUACAGAUGUUAAAGUGGCAUCAAUCUUCUUGUCUGACUCUUGACAAGAAAGUGAAUAAGCACCUUUACCAAAAUGUCAAACUAUUGCUUAAAAUCACCUCGAAAUCCACCAGUUAUCAGUUAUACAUCAACACUCAGUGUUAUUAUCCCGUAUUAUAAUCAUGCUAAAGCGGCGAGUUCUAGCCAGGGUGCACGUGCAUGCACGUACGCAUGCAAGCCCAAAUAUUUCUCGCUGACAGGUUCUUGAGAUCUAAGAUGGAGUCUGACUCCAGCAAAACGUGCAAAGUGUUUGACACAUCUGCCCUGCAGGUGAAGACAUCAUGGAUGGAUGUGUGUGCGCCUGUAGCUUUAGCAGUAUUUAGAAAAACCACGAGCGUACAGUGCGCUGGUUAGAACAUCUUCUUAUUCUUACUGUUUAUUGCAGUGCAAAUCCACAGACGGUACACAAAUAGGGAUACAAUUACACACUCGAGCUCAUUAUUGCAAAACAGUUCUGCAUAACUGAACACCAAAGAAUUGAAUUUAAACUGCCACAGUUACUGUGUGCUUAUUUUGUAUGCAGCUAUAUUAAACAUGACAUUAUAUUGAUUGGGACCACAGGAAUCACAAAGAGUCAUUCUCAGUGACAAAGACAAAAUCCUCAAUAGGCAGCUGUGGAAUUUCCUUUUGAACAUAACAUUUUCUUUGUAUCUUCCAAUCGAGUUCGCUUUUAUCUGUGCAGCAGCUCAUUUUCUGUUGGCCUGAACAGUACAAUCAUGGCAUUCCACUCAUAUACAUGCGGCCUUAUAUAGGGAUUUAAUUGUGUAGUUUUUGAGCAGAUAAAUAUGUAACUUUUUCUCUCAUUUAAUUUACUUAGAUUAGAUUAGUGAUCGUAGUUUAGGCAGUCUGGUAGAGAUUUGAGAUGGCUAUGCAAUUUUUAAUGUUAAUUGCAUCGACACUUUAUAAGAAAUUUUUAUGAAUAAGGAAAUAUUUUACCUGUACAGAUUCAAGCGUAAGUGUCCUUAUAGUAAGCCUUUAAUCAAACGAUGCUGUUGGUACUGUGUGACUCUGUGUGUCACUGUGCUGUUUGUCAGUAUUGACUGUACCAUUGACACUUGUCUUUUAUAUUUAGUGUUUGUUUAAAGUUGAUGGGCUAAGAAGGGACCAGGAGAGUUUCCCCAGAGUGACUGAUGUUAUUAUUUCUUCCAUCCAGGAGUCACUGAGCAGCGCUUUGACUGUUUGAUUUGAAAGUUACUUCAGUCUUAUCACUAGAGCAACAUGAGUCAAACUUAACUGAUGGUGGUGAGUUCAAGGUACCCUGUGGAGUUUUGACCACCAGGCGCUCUGUGGAGCAGCGGCUUUAUACUGUUUUGUUUUGUUGAAUCUUGAAUGCACACAUGGACCCAUAUGCAGAGACGGGGCCAAAGUUAGUUAAAACAUCUACAAAUAUCUACAAAGACUGCUCUUUGAAAACACUCAUGUGUGUCUUUCAUUCUGGGGGUCUUGCUCCAGUGUAGGAGUGGUGGGGGGCUUUUAUAUGUCUGUCCAAGGACGCUGUUGGCGUCACCCAGCAGGUGGGUGUUUUCACGCUGCUCCGCUGUUCGACAGCUGGUGGCAGUAAUGUGCAAAGAAGUGUAACAAUGUGCCUGCAAAAGCAUUGAAGAAGAAGAGCACACGCUCGCAAAUGUGGGUGGAAACAUGCAGGAUUUUAAAUAUACAAACCAUCAGCUUUGCUUACGAGAAGGGAAACGAAUCGGAAAACAUGAGUUUGAUUUGUUUACAAGAAAACUCCACAGGGUCCCUUUAAAGUAAAGUACUGGUUCACCUGUUUGUUAGCUGGAUCGGUUUACAGUCAUCCACACAAUGUGAGACAGACUUUUUCCCAAAAAUGGAGAUGGCUAUAUUAUAAACAAUCAGUUUGGAUAUCAGUGAUCAUACAAAUGAAACCUGUGUGUGUACUGUAUGAGCUGUGAUCAGGAAGUCUGGUUGACGAUGGCAGUGCUUCGACCAGGCUGACACGCCGUAAACAACUGGGCUAAUAAGCCCACUAAUAAAAAGCAGUGAGUGGUAAUACGUAGGAAAAGUAAAAAGUAGAGCAAACAGUUUGUAUUCCCUCAAAACUCAUUGAAAGCUCCAUUUUAAGACGUUAAACAGUCUGUCACAAAACUUAAUUACCAGUAAUCUCGAGCAUCUUUUACUCUGUUACCUGUUAUCCAAAACAGCUGCAGGAGAAAAAAAACUGAUCCGAUACAGCGAACUACACAUUAACCUUCACAUACGUUGUUGAGUCAUGUGAUCAGCGCUGGUUGUUAGGCAACAGAAGACAAGAAAUACACGCUCCGUUUAUCAUUAUGUCUCCUGUUGCUAGGUCUCAGCUCCCAGACUUGUUCCUGGUGAUCCGGUUUGCACCUCGUGUUGACCCGCCACAAUCUCACAUCUGGUGACGAAAACGCAAACGAGGGUUUCAAAGCGGCGAACCAGGCAGUGAAAAGCAGCGGCUGAUCAAUUUAAAAGCGGGAUCGGAACAAAAGUAGUACGGCGACGCUCAUUUAAAAUUCGUAUUCAGGUACUUUUCAGAAGCAGUUGUGUCUAAGAACAAUACCUGCUCAGAAGUUAGUGGGUGGACCUUCGUGCUCCGGCUUUCUUCAGUAAAAAUCCAACAUGGUUUCCUCUGGUUCGAACAUCUCGUUGCAAUACUGCAGCAAUCUGCAGGAGGAACAUUUGCUGUGCUUUCAGGCAUUACCACUGCACAGCUGAGUCAUUCUGGUGCUGCGUUCAACUUAAUUAGCGACAGUGUGAGGAAGCAUACAGUAAUUACGAGCUAUAAACAUCAGCGUCUGUGUGAAAACGCAGUCCACAAGAUUGCAGAAAGCGCUUCUCACCGCUGACCGCCGUCAAAUCAGAAACUCCGCAUGGCGUUAAGUGAAUGUACCAGUUAAACAAUCAAACAUGAGUUCCUUUCAUGUAACCUGCAACACAGCCAUCAAUUGCUGCUGAAAGCACAUGUUCACAGCUCGGCCUGCUGAUAAAGAGGAGCAGAUAAUGUUAAUGCUAAUGUUCUAUUUACCAACACACAGGAUGUGAUGUAGUUUACAGCUGCACAAAUCAACAGGGUUCACUGAUGGUGAGGAACCCGCAGGGGCUGAUCACAUGACUCCACAGAGCACUUUAGCGUCCUUCAGCUUUCUGUUUUGGUUUUUUGCCGCCCGCAGCUUUUCUGUUUCGGCUCGUCGGCCUUGUUUCUCGUCAUAACAAGCAGCUGUUUCCAGUGAGAAAGUUCUGGUAAACAUCGUGUUCGCUUCCUGCUCAGCAGCUCACACGGACACACUCAGCUGGCGACUCGCUGGUGAACACAGAGCAGCGUUUAGUGCAGUUCUCUCAGGAACCAAACCAACACAGCUAAAAGCAGAGUGAGUUUAACUCAGUGAUCUUCCAAGUUUAAAUAAAGGUUUGAGUUUUGAAUAGUGGACUAAUGAUCGCUUUGUCCGCAAGAUGUGCAGAGAAGCAAAUGUUUGCUCACACACAGCAGCUUAAUAAGGUGAUCAUGUGCUUUGUUGCACUGCCCCUAAAUAACUAAAAGAAUUCAGUAAUGCAGUUUUAAAGCAGAUUUCUUUAUGCAGAGGAUAAACGUCAUUUUAAAUUUUAGGCCGCAAACUGCUCGAUAAAUGUAAAACCUUCUACUUUAAUACUGAUUCAAGUCUUUUUCUGAUUCUACAAAUAUUUUAUUAUUGUUUAAUUAGCACGUUUCCUGCACAGCGUAGCCCGGGCUGGUCUGUGAGCGCAGAGUUAAACCUCUGCUGUAGGUCGUCCAUGUGCCAUUAAAGCUGUAUUAAACCCUCCCGUUGAUGAUAUUUGUGCGGCGGUCCGUGGACACAUCGCACAUCCCUGCGGGAACCUGUCUGACGUGAAUCUUCUCAAACAGAUUGAUGCUACCAGUAUAAAGAAUCUCUGUUCGUUCAGCGUAUCUGUGUUGUCUUCUGUCUUUGUUCUGUUUGUAAAAGUGCCUUCGACUGAGCAGUAUUGACCCAAGAUACUGUUGCUGUGUGUUUCAUAGUGCACCGUGCCUCUAAAGAUUUAGCCAUGUUUACUUCCCUUCACCAAAGUAAAUAAAGACCUCUGCUUGGCCCUCUGUUGGUAAAGUACAGCACCUGAUCUGCUCUGGAUCUUUGGAAGGGGCAUGUAGUCAACUGUUGUUUUCCUCUUCAAUAAAAGCUUUGCAGUAGCA